AGAAAAGAAGUUAUCUCAUCUGCCGUUUUCUUGGAUCGUUGCAAAAGAUACCCCUUUGUAGAGCCCUGGGGGCUGGUAGAGAUGCAAAGAGGCUUAGAGACUCCAGACCAGUUAGGUGCCAACCGGGAGACUCCAGGAAUCCCUGAGAUCAAAGUUGUUGUCGUAGGAGAUGGUGGCUGCGGAAAGACAUCGCUGCUCAUGGUCUUUGCAAAAGGAGACUUCCCCAAGGUUUACAUCCCAACAGUAUUUGAGAAAUAUUCAGCCCCCUUCCACAUCAACGACAAGCAAGUGAAUAUCAGUCUCUGGGAUACAGCAGGGCAGGACGAUUACGACAGGCUCCGCCCCCUCUCCUAUAAUGGGGCUCAUGCAGUUAUCAUGUGCUAUGAUGUCACCAGCCCUGCCAGCUUCAAUAACAUCCUCACAAAGUGGUACCCUGAAGUGAACCAUUUCUGCAGAGGGAUUCCCCUCCUGCUUGUUGGAUGCAAGACAGACCUAAGAAAGGACAAGGUUCUGCUAAGGAGGUUGCAUCAGGACCAUCUGGAGCCCAUCACAUAUCAGAAGGGAGAGACUUUGGCCCGGAAUCUCCAUGCAGUUGCCUACCUUGAGUGCUCAGCUCGUUUCCAUGAGAACAUCAUCGACAUCUUCACAGAGGCUUCCAGAGCAGCCUUGAGUACCAUGAAGAAGAAGAAACGCAAGCGCAAACCCAAAAGGACUUGCCUGCUUUCCUGAUAGCCAGAGUAGAUCAACAUGUCAGCAGAUGGAUGGAACUAACAGUGGCGGCUUGGUGGGGUGUUUGGCAACUGCCCAGCACCCCACACUUUAGGGAGCCCCCAAGUCUUGUACAAAAUCCUGCUUGCCUCCUUUAUGAUCAGUCAUUCUCAGCAGGAUUAGCACGGAUUUCAGUUGAACAUAAACUUGGGAGAGGCUGGAAUUUCAGUGAAUUGAUUGAGGACUUUGCUUCCAAGGAGGCUCAAAACAGUUCAUUUCAUUAAACAGGGUACGAGAGAACUGACUUUUAAAUGAUCAAUCAUUAUACCAUUAUUUAUCAGUGAUCUGAC